AAUCACUAUGAUGAACACCACCCUCCUGCCCAGGGAAACCACUGAGCCCAGGAGGAAGACCUGCGAGAGUCCACAGUGCCAUUUCACCCCAUGGCUGAAGAUGGUUUGCCUAAAAUUUAUUCCCAUCCGCCAACAGAGAUCAGCAAAACACCGACUGAAGCAACCAUUUUCUUUGGGGCUGACAAUACGAUUCCUAAAUCAGAAACAACUAUUACUUCGGAAGGAGACCAUGUUACUUCUGUAAAUGAGUAUAUGCUAGAAAAUGAUUUUUCAACAACUACAGGCAACAAACUUAUACCAACAAAGGAAAAACUCAAAUCAGAAGAUGAUACUGGAGCCCAUUUUAUUAAGCCAACAACUCAUCCGGAGAAAGGAAUCCCCACUCUGACUGGCACUACAAACUCUAUAGCGAACGACUCUAUUACUGAAAAUCUCAUUCCAGUGAAAAUUGGCAAUAUUUCAUCACCAGUGGGUACUGUUUCUUUAAUAGACUUUUCCACUGACAUAGACAAAGAAAUCGUCCUGGCUACCAUUGAGAGAGAGGAUGAAGAGAUCUCUGUAACUUCUGAUGUCUCUGGCACACUAACAGACAGCACUGCCGUGGCUGGUGACAGCCUUGCCUUUCCAGCGAAAAAAGGUAAAGCUGAUGCUAACAAUUAUAAUUCCCCCAUCAAAUCUGAUGUUCCUGCUGAUGAGGCUGCCCCGGUCACCGACUCCUUUGUCCCCGAGGCUGAAAUGUCUCCCCCUACUGAUAAAAACUUCACCACUAUUCCAGACAUAACUGAGCUUACAGAAGAGAAAGUAACUGAGAUUGACCUGAUUGUUUCAGAGGAUGACACCGCUGAUGGUGUGGCUAAAUCAACUGAUUCCGAGGAGGAAAAGUUCAUCACUGUGUUUGAGCUCAAUACCUCUCCUGAAAAAGACAAAGAUAACCCAGAAGAAACUCCACUAACCGAUGAAGAAUCAACCGACGAGGCCAAUGUUUGGAUGGAGAGAGAGAAUGCAAACGAAGCAGAGAGCCAUUCUGUUUUGCUUACUGCUGUCGAAUCCAGAUAUGACUUCAUUGUCCCGACAUCAAACCUCGAGGAAGAAUCGCCUACCACGACGACAGAAGAUCUGCCUGAAAAUAACAGAACAAACCCUGAAACUAAUGUCACCGAGUCAUCUGUAGCAGAUACCACAAAUGACAAGGAAGACACCCCUACACCUGAAACGGGUAUCUUUAAACUACUGAAAGAAGAUCCAGAUGAGUUCAUGAUUUGAAAGCAGCAAAAGGGGUGCCACGUAGAAUUGUGUGAUAGCCUAGACAGCUAGUCUUAACAUCUAAAGUUUUUUCAGCAAGCAAAAAUCUUAAAAACUGAAAGAAUAUGGACAUUUAA